AUGCAACUCUUUUUAUUAUACGAAACAGCAGCAGGAUAUGCUCUUUUCGAAAGAGAAGAAUAUGAUGAGAUUGGUGGAGAAUUAGAACAAGUUCAGGCAGCCAUUGCCGAUUACGAGAGGUUUGCUACCCUACUCCAAAUGAAAGCCUAUCAGCCAUUUAAAAACGCUGAAGAAGCAUUAAAGAAUAUUUUUGCUGUCUUAAAAGGAGAAGUUACCGAAACACUCCAAGAAUUUUUGGAAAGCUACUUACCUAAAAUCAAGAGGAAGAAGAAGCAGAAAUUCCAGUUGGGUAUUGCAGACAAAAUCAUCGGCCCACAAAUUUCUGAGAAAACAGGAUACACUACUUCAACAAAUGAAACAAUCAGAGAGAUUUUCAGAGGAAUUAGAACCCACUUCAACAGAUUCUCAAAGAAGAUCACCGAGAGUGACAUCAAACAAGCACAGCUUGAUCUUGCUCAUGCUUUCAGUAGGAACAAAGUCUAACAUGAUGUAAACAGACAGGAUAAGCCAAUUAUCCAAGUAAU